UCUAUAACUGCCUGCUUCGGUUUGACUGGUCAAACCGUAGCCUCGCACUUGUGAGAGUCGCAGAGUUAGGCUCUGGUUGUUAGAUGGUCAGUGGUUAAAAGUUCAUCAUUUCCUAAAAUUACUUAGUGUUGAGUUGAUAGAAAGGUGGUCACUGCUAUGCUGUCCACCCUGAGGAAGCUCUUCUGCUUUAAGAAGGAGCCGAAAACCCCCUUGGGGUUUUGUGACGGCCCAAGCAGGGGAACGGGAUACUUGUCCUGCUUUCACUGUGGAACUGAAGACAGGUACCGCCAGCCUUAUGACCCUGAAAACCAAUUUCAUGAGGCAGUAUGCAUGGGAAAGCGCAAAGUGGUGGUGCGUCUCCUCAGGAAGAACCAAUUUCAUGUGAAUGAUGAGGAUGAAGGGAAACGAACUGCGCUCCACUUUGCAUGCUUCUAUGGCCAUAUCAAACUGGUUCGUUUUCUGUUAAGAUUUAAGGCCUGUGAGAUUAAUGCCCUUGACAAUCAAAUGUCCACACCACUAAUGAAGGCUGUACAAAGCUGGGAGACAGAGAUCGUGUCUGUCCUACUUGAUCGUGGAGCAGAUCCCAAUAUUAAAGAUUGCAAUGGAGAAGCAGCAAUCCACCAUGCAGUGUAUGUAGACAGGCCAGAUAUUGCCAGCAGUCUUCUUGAAUUUGGGGGAAACAUUGAAGAUACUACAAAGGAUGGGUUGACCCCUCUGCUGCUAGCACUCCGAGAAAGGAAACCCCGCAUGGCAGCAUACCUAAUCACACACGGUGCGAAUCUUCACGUAUCUGAUCAAUAUCUAAGAACAACACUCAUGUAUGCUGUUAGAUGGGAUUGUGAAAAUAUGGUUGAAAUUUUACUGAAGAAAGGUGUUGAUCACCAGUUAAAGGACACAUUUGGAUGGAGUGCUCUUUAUUAUGCCAUUAUGGGGAAACGCAAAACAAAAAUGGUGAUUAUUCAGCACGACUUAUUCCUCUGGAGACAACAAAAUACCUUCACACGAAAUCAGCCUGAAGAUGUCUUUUUAUCGGGACAUCACUUUGAAUCUGAGUCACUGAUUUCUGUGUGUGCAACAAUGGAGGACACAGCUAAUUUGAAAACUCAGCAAGAUAUUCCUGAGAAUAGUCUGAAAAGUGGUGUGGAUGACUUACCAAUAGCUUCCAAACAAUAUGAAAAUGUAGAAGAACAAGAAGAAGAACUAGAAUUAGAAACAAUACCGGAUUUAAAACUGGAAAAUGAAAAUGCUUAUAAUAAGAAUGAAGACUAUCAAAAGUUGAAAGCUGCCCAGUCAUCCAACAUAGGAAAUGGUCUAGAAGAAAAUGAAAUAAUUCAAGUUUGGGCUGAAAAAUGUCCACAUCCAGAGCUGAGGGAUGAUUGUCAUCUAGUCUCCAGAUCCAAGCCUGAAACACAGCAGUCUCAAACAGUUUGGGCUGAAAAAUGUCCACACCCAGAGCAGAGGGAUUAUUCUCAUCGAAUUUCCAAACCCAAGUCUGAAACACAGCAAUCUCAAGCAGUGUGGGCUGAAAAAUGUCCUCACUCAGAGCUGAGGGAUUAUUCACGUCCAAUCUCCAAACCUGAGUCUCUACCACACCAAUCUCAACCAGAUAUAAUAUUUUCAGAAGAACUAGAAGAAGAAAUAACAGAAUUUAAAGUGGAAAAUGAGAGAAGUUUUGAUAAGAGUGCAGAAAAUCAAGAAUUUGUACGUAAAAUUUAAAUUUAAAUUUCUCAUUUCCUAUUGUUUGCUUCAAUGACUUUGC